AUGAGCGGUCCUUCAGCAGCGUUGCUGCUCGACCCCAAAGGUUUUAGAAGGCAGUCCGCAGCAACCCCUCAGUCCGGCAACGCUCCGAAGGAUGGCACUGUAUCCGGGGCUGACUCGAAACGGACGUUCAGUCAAUUUCGUGAAGGACAUUCCAGAAUGAUUGAAGAUAUCUACGGCGUCGAGAGGCGCGGCGUUGCUCCAAUUAAAAAAUUUAGGGCCAACGACGCAAGCAGCACGAAUGCACAGAAGAGAGCAAACACCACACACACAUCCCUUGGAGGAUAUAUCAUUAAUGGGUCGUCAGACAAUUCUACGCCUACGCCUGCUCCCCAAAUUCCGAACACCAUUGACCUUACUUUGGAUAACGAGGAUGAUGAUGAUGAUGAUGAUGAUGAUGAUGUAGUAUUCGUUGCUAAUCGUCCCCUGGGCGAGGAAGAGGUGUGUUAUGGAAAAAUUGAGGGUGCCACCGUUCUUGCCCAUCAAGUACCCACCCCUCCAAGGGCCGUAUUUGGCGAUAUGACCCACGACUGGCCAUCUAUCAAGUGUGAGCUAGUCAGGCAGCGUUCCCAGGAUAUAAGAAUCGAGGUGAAAGAUACUGCACAAAAAACAUUUGGCCUCAUCGAUCCACAAACAGCCGCAGGACUAGCUCCCUUGCUUGAUAACUCCAUUGCCAGAUUUCGUGCCCAAGCGCGCCUAGAUGUUCGCAAAAGAUUGUCCAAUGAAUGGCCCGGCCAAUCGUGUCAUAGUAGUUUUCAUAUCUCAGUCAAUCUAUAUGGUCCUCGACGGCUCUCGGAGAGUACAGGCAGGUUCCUUGGUCAGAAAAACUUAUGGCUAGGAGUGCCAAAUACAGUUGAUGCAGGACUAGCAGUAUGCAAUCCUCAUACUAACAGGCAUUCCGUUCAAAAUACAAACCGCCUUUCUGUUCAAUCAGAGACACGUACCGCUGAGGAGAUUAAUAGUGCAGUGACAAAAAUGUUCGACCAGCUUAAUACUCAAAAUCUUCCAGAGAUGGAGCCAUCCAGUUUGGUGAAAACGCAACUGUUGCCACAUCAGAAGCAAGCCCUAUGGUACAUGACAGAAAAAGAGCAACCGCGUCGUCUGGGUCCCAAUGAGGGAGAUAACAAUUCGCUCUGGAGGCUGGAAUCGCAAGGGCGAAAGGUCUACCGCGAGAUUAUUAGUGGCAUUACCUCCGCUGAAGAGCCUCCUCAAGUCCUUGGCGGUUUACUGGCCGACGUAAUGGGCUUAGGCAAGACCCUAAGCAUUCUAUCUUUGGUGUGUUCCUUAUUACCGCAGUCGGUAGAGUGGGCUGCAACACAUGUUUCAAAUGAGCCGUUACGGGCAAAAACAACUUUAUUACUGUCGCCACUUAGCGCCGUGGGAAACUGGGUGAGCCAGAUCAAAGAGCAUUUACAUGAAAACGCCCUUUCCUACUACGUUUUCCAUGGGCCAUCUAGAACUGAAGAUCCUACGGAACUGGUAAAAUAUGAUAUAGUCAUCACCACUUACAGUACGGUUUUGAGUGAUUUAUCUUGUAAGAGCUCCAAGAGAAAUGCAAGCCCCCUUUCCCAGUUGAAUUUCUUUCGAAUUGUAUUGGACGAGGCACAUGCUAUACGAGAACAGUUUGCAGCCCAGAGCCAGGCAAUAUUCUCCUUGAACGCCCAACGUCGAUGGUCCGUCACAGGGACUCCCAUUCAAAACCGGCUUGAAGAUCUAGGAUCUGUUGCCAGGUUCUUAAGAUUAUACCCAUAUAAUGAAAAAGGACGGUUCGCAGCACAUAUCAUCUCUCCUUUCAAGUCCGAGAACCCAAACGCAAUUACUACAUUAAGGGUGUUUAUAGAUUCCUUUACACUGCGACGAGUCAAAGAUCGAAUUGAUCUGCCGCCUCGUCAUGAUCAUACUGUCCAUCUCAUGUUUACAGAAAGCGAAAAGGCUCUCCAUGAGUUCUUUAGGAAGGAAUCUAAUGUCAUGAUGAAUGUCAUAGCUGGUCGGGCUAAAAAUACCCUCGGUGGGAACAUGUAUCACCUUGUAUUGAAAGCCAUGAUGGUUCUACGACAAAUUAGUGCCCAUGGCAAGGAGCUUCUCAACCAAGAGGACCGCGAAAGAUUCAAAGGCCUGACAGCAAACGACGCUAUUGACCUGGAGGAGUUUGAGAUCAAUGCUACCGACGCUGCUGAAAGGAAGGCUUACGAGAUGCUUUCUUUGAUGAAGGAAUCUUCAGCAAAUGUCUGCGUCAAAUGCGGCGGUUUCAUCACUCAGUUGGGUGAUGAGAGCCCGACCGAUAAAAAUGCCAUGGUUGCUUGCAUUUUACCAUGCUAUGAUCUGCUCUGUACAAGCUGCUUUUCUCAGUAUAAAGGUGUUUUCGAUGGCAACGUGGGAAAGUCUUUGCAUCUCAAGUGCGUGUUCUGUAAGAACUUGAUCCCACCCGCGUAUACUGUCAUUACUCCCUCUGGGUUUGAAAAUUAUCAGUCCACGCAGCUUGCAGCGAAACAGAAUCGCAAACAGGUCAAGUCGCUGGGACAAUAUGAAGGACCUCACACUAAGACUAAAGCCUUGAUGACCUAUCUUCUCGGAAAUAUCGAAGAGAGCAAUCUCGCACCGGACCAACCCCCAAUCAAGAGUGUUGUAUUCUCGUCAUGGACGUCUCAUCUUGACCUUAUCGAGAUUGCUCUGCAAGACAGUGGAAUCACUGGCUUUACUCGGCUGGAUGGCACAAUGGUGCUUAAACAGCGCAAUGCCGCACUCGAUAAAUUUCGCAGUGACAAUAGCAUCACGAUCCUGCUGGCAACAUUAGGAGCUGGCGGUGUUGGCUUGAAUCUUACCUCCGCUUCACGAGUUUACGUCAUGGAGCCGCAGUAUAACCCUGCGGCAGUCGCCCAGGCAGUCGAUCGAGUUCACCGACUGGGCCAGACGAGAGAAGUUACAACAUUUCAGUUUAUCAUGAAAGACAGUAUCGAGGAGAAGAUUGCGGAAUUGGCAAAGAAAAAGCAGACAUUGGCUAAUAUUAGUUUGAACCGAGGAAAGAUGGAUCGAAGAGAGACGAUGGAGGAGAGAAUGAAGGAAUAUAGAGCUCUAUUCAAAUAA